CCCCUCUUUCUUCGGUCUCACCUCUUCUCAAUUUGAUCUCCUGACGUUGCGGGCUACCAUGGCUUCCGAAGGCUCUAAAGACCUGCCUGUUAGGCCUGCUGCCGACGCCAAAGCGGCUGGUGACGACGGUCUCCCCGAUUUUAUCGUCGAACGUAACAACCUCUUCGAGGAGUUGUGGCAGCAGUACCUCGAAGAACUCAAGAACAAGCCUCACAAUGACAUCAAUGUCACCAUUGAACUUGGUGACGGAAACACCACCAAUGUCACCGCAAAGGCCUUCGAGACCACUCCCGCACAGCUUCUGAAGAACGUCCCUAAGGAAUUGAGCGCUAGCGUUGUCAUCGCAAAGGUGGACAAGGAACUCUGGGAUCUUGGUCGCCCGCUUGAGGGUGAUUGUACCGUCUCUUACGUGCCGUUCGAGCACCCCGAGGGAAGAGAGGUUUUCUGGCACUCCAGCGCGCACACUCUGGGUGAAGCCUGCGAGUGCGAGUUCGGAUGUCUUCUUUCCCACGGCCCCCCCACUCCCCAGGGUUUCUUCUAUGAUAUGGCUAUGCCCGAUGGCCGUGUCGUCAAAGAGAGCGAUUGGUCGUCCCUGGACAGCAAGGCGUCUCGUAUCUUCAAGGAAAAGCAGAGCUUCGACCGCCUGGAAGUUACCAAGGAGAAUCUUAGGAAGAUGUUCGCAUACAGCAAGUACAAGCUGCACUACAUCGACAAGCUGGUGACCGGCGAGAAGAGCACAGUCUAUCGCUGUGGUACCCUUGUCGAUCUGUGCAGGGGUCCUCACAUCCAGAGCACUGGCAAGAUUAAGACCUUCAAGAUCAUGCAGAACUCUUCGGCCUAUUUCCUCGGUGACCAGACCAACGACUCGCUGCAGCGUAUCCGUGGUGUCGCCUUCCCCGACAAGAAGCAGAUGCAAGAACACCUCAAGUUCCUCGAGGAGGCAGAGAAGCGCAAUCACCUCAAGAUUGGCAAGGAGCAGGAGCUUUUCUUCUUCGACGAAGUCUCCCCCGGAUGCGCAUUCCUUUUGCCCAACGGCACCAGGAUUUUCAACGCCCUCCAGUCCCUUUUGCGCUCGGAGUAUCGUAAGCGCGGAUACCAGGAGGUUCAGACCCCCAACAUGUACGAUGUUGGUAUCUGGAAGACGUCCGGCCACUGGGCGCACUACAAGGACGACAUGUUCAAGCUGGACGUUGAGAAGAGAGAGUGGGCUCUGAAGCCCAUGAACUGCCCUGGUCACUUCAUGCUCUUCGGUCACCGUGACCGCAGUUACCGCGAGCUUCCUCUGAGAAUCGCGGAUUUCGGUGUCCUGCACCGUAACGAGGCUUCGGGUGCUCUCAGUGGACUUACCCGUGUUCGCAAGUUCCAACAAGAUGAUAGCCACAUUUUCUGUACUCAAGAACAGAUCAUGUCUGAAAUCGAGGGUCUCUUCGACUUCUUGCAGUCCAUCUACGGCCUCUUCGGCUUCACCUUCAAGCUCAAGCUCUCCACCCGUCCCGAGAAGUACUUGGGUGAACUUUCCACCUGGAACUAUGCCGAGGAGCAGUUGAAGGCUGCUAUGACCAAGUUCAAGGGAAGCGACUGGUACAUUGAUGAGGGUGAUGGUGCCUUCUACGGUCCCAAGAUUGAUAUUACUAUCGCCGAUGCCCUCAAGCGAGAGUUCCAGUGUGCCACCAUUCAGCUCGACUACCAGGCACCUAUCAACUUCAAGCUUGAGUACAUGACCAACGAGAAGACGCAGACGGCCCAGAUGACCCAGGAGGAACCCAAGGAGGGCGAGGCCAAGUCCACGGAGCCUGGCCCUGGUCGCGCCCGCCCUGUUGUCAUCCACCGUGCCAUCAUUGGUAGCUUUGAGCGUUUCCUCGGUAUCUUGAUCGAGCACUUCGGUGGCAAGUGGCCUUUCUGGAUCAGUCCCCGCCAGAUCUUGAUCGUUCCGGUCAUGCCUGCUGUCAACGACUACGUUGAGGAGCUGCAGCAAAUCCUGCGCGCAGACAAGCUGAAUGUCGAUAUCGAUAUCAGCGGUAACACCAUGCAGAAGAAGAUCCGCACCGGACAACUACAGCAGUACAACUUCAUUUUCGUGGUUGGUGCCCAAGAAAAGGAGAACCGCUCGGUCAACAUCCGUAACCGUGAUGAUCCGGCCACCCAGAACAAGGGCAUCAUGGUUCCUCUCGACGAGGCCCGUGAGAAGCUCCGCAAACUUCGGAAGGAGCGCAGACUGGUCAAUUCCUUGUAAGGAGAGAAUUGAUACAGUUCUGUGUUCUGGGAAAGUCAGUUGCGUUUAAGAUACUCAAGAUCUACAUGUCGAUAUACCAUAGCUUUUAGAUCCUAGCUCGCAUAAAGGCCAUAAGGGCGUUGAUGAUUUGUCAUUGCAAAGAAGAGAGAAGAACAGACAACCAGAUUAAGAGCAAAAAGGUGUGAUACAAGAAGUAAAAGGGGGUUUGGGGUUUGUUGUUAAUCAGGAGUAUGAUGUAUUUCAUAAAGCGACC